UCAUUGGGAAAAUAAUGUGAAGGAUUUCUGUGCAGGAUCAUCACAACAUGAGAAUAUUGGAACCUCUGCUGUUUCUUCCUUUAAUGGUAGCCGCUCAGGUGCAGCUUGAGCCCAGUGACAGAGCAGCUUUGGUGGGGUCUGAUGCCAGCUUCAACUGCAGCCUGACGCAGGACUGGGCCGUCAUGACCUGGAGUAUCAACACGAUUGGUGAAAACAUAUUGGUGAUGACCAUUACCAAGGACAGCGGAUUAAUUGUGGUUGAUAAGCGUUAUGAUGCAGUUAACUACACCAUACUGGGGAUGUACAAAUGGGAAUUUACUAUGAAGAACCUGACAAGGAACGACUCUGGAGUCAUCACAUGUAGUGUUCUAUCUUUCCCCAGUGUAAGCGCACAACUCUCUGUUCAAGAGAGUGGAAGUCUCAGUAUUAUCGGUGGCAACGUUACAGUGAAGCCUGGAGCUCAAGCGUCUUUCCUGUGCGAGGCGUUGGGAUGGUUCCCUAAACCAGAGAUAUCCUGGAGCGUUGGUGGCGCACCAGCAGGCACUGAGAGAUAUAACACCACCGUCACCGCAAACGGCGCCACCUUUAACUCGAAAAGCACUCUGUGGAUUGAGGCAACUGACACAGGUCAAGUCCAAUGUCUGGCCGAAGUGGCAGCCCUGGCAACACCGAAAACAAGCAGCGUUUUCCUAAUAGUAGAUAACACCCCACCUGACAGGACGGUGCUGAUUGCGGUUACUGUCAGCUUCAGUUUGGCUGCGCUGCUGGUGCUGCUCAUCAUCGGAAUCAUCUUCUGUGUCAGAAGGAAAAAAGCAAAAGACAACGCUAAGAGUCCGGUUCAGGCCUCAGAGGGCAACGGCGGGAGAGAUAACCCUGUGUUCGUGGUUGAUGGAAAUAUGAGUAAUUACAUGAAUGUCAGGCCGGCACAUUUCCAGAUUCCUAGCAGCAGUCGGACGAGCACUUUGCCAGAUGGAACAAAAUUGAGACAUGCAACAAUAGUUUGAGAGAUCAACGGUCAGUGGCUCAGAAUGUCCUCAACAUAGGCUACUGUACCAGUAUGACACAUACAGGCAAGCUGAGAGAGCGGGACAAAUGGGGUCAGUUAUCCUGGGCCCAGGGAGAGAGGGAGGCCCAAGAUUGAGACGUCAUGACAAUGUAUAUGUACAUUGCAGGGGCUCUUUCAAAUGACUGUCCUGGGCUGGGCCACACAAAAGCUCUCAGCGAUCUGGGACACAUGCAUUGGCAUUUCAGCUCAUAGUUUUUCUUUUUGCUGCUUCAAUUCAUUUUAUCAUCGAGGAUCUGUCUUAUAAAAACCUUUUCUUUGCUUUUUUUAAAAUUUCAUCACAGAGCUGCACAGCAGAACAAACAGAGCAAUAGGAGGCACUGCUCAUGUCAACACUCCUUCCAGAUUUUAUGGAAGUAGAGACCUCCGAUGAAUGUCGUUUUCACGUAUGCCGCCAGCAAUGACAACAGGUCCACUUGCAAAAGAAGCAAAUUAAAGUAAAGACAAGCCGUUGGACACUUUAUUUAUGUUCUAUUUUAUUUCAUUUUAUUUGUAUAUGUGUUGCAAGGACAUUUUUGUUUUAAAAUCUUUAAUAUUUCCACAAUGUUUACCUCAUCACUGGUCAGUUUCA